CUCGGAACAUUAUCUGACCCAGUCGGACAAUCAUUGCCAUGGCAGCAACAUCAGAGAAGAUUGGCAAAGAGAUCAUCCAACCGGUGACAGUGGAACCAAAUACCCAAGAAGAUGAUCUCGACUUUAAGCUUGAAGGAGAUGAGUUUGCCAAACGGCUUUCUGCCACAGUUGAUGAAGUUCUGGCCGCACGGGAACACUCACAUGUGUUGAGUCUUGAGGAAGCUCGUAAGCUCGCUCAGGAAAUUGUCGAUACUCAUUCGCAUGAUCCAAACUUUCCGUCUGGUGCUUUAGAUCGCAUGACUGAUUUUCUUAACAAUGCCGUGAUUUUCGAGGCACCCGAGAAACACAGAAGAGCCAUCGAGGAAGCUAAGAUUGAAGUCUCUCUACUGACCUCCAAUAGUCCUUAUUCAGAAGUACGUGCUGUUGUUGAUCCGUAUGAUAAUCCUGAGCUUCCCUUGAUUGGUCUGGGCUUUGUAAUUACGGUGGCCUUUGUCAACCAGCUCUUCAGUGUGCACCAGCCAUCCAUCUUCAUCGGUGCUCCAGUCGUCCAGUUUCUGGCCUAUCCUGUUGGGAAGGCAGCAGAGAAAUUCCUCCCUGAUGUUGGUUUCAUUCUCUUUGGAGUUCGCCACAGUUUGAAUCCAGGACCGUUUAACAAGAAAGAGCACAUGCUUAUCUCCAUCAUGGCCAGCGUCGGCAAGACAUUGCCCAGUUCCAGAUACAUCAUAUUCACGCAGUGGCUGGACAAAUACUUUGGCCAGCCUUAUGCUAGAUCCUUUGGAUACCAGAUCUUACUUGCUCUUUCAACCAAUCUAAUGGGCUUUGGCCUGGCUGGCCUCUGUCGGCGAUUCCUUGUCUACCCAUCCUUUUGCCUGUGGCCAAGGUCUCUAGUCACUAUUGCAUUGAACAGCUCCCUGCAUAAUGAGGAGAACUAUUCUGUUCUUGGUCCCUUUCAACAGAUAUUCAACAUUUCCCGUUUCAGACUCUUUAUAUUUCCCGAUUACAUCUUUAGUGCUCUCAGUCUGUUCAACUGGAUUGCUUGGAUCGCACCGAAUAACUAUAACCUUACCGCCAUCACGGGGAUUAAAAAAGGUCUCGGGUUCAACCCAAUGCCUACAUUUGAUUGGAACAUCGUCACCCACGUCCUGGACCCACUCAUUGUUCCGUUUCAUGUCACAAUUAACACCUUUUUUGGUGUGCUGCUAGGUGGCAUUGUCAUUAUUGGAAUGUAUUGGACGAAUGCCUAUCACACCGGCUACCUUCCAAUUAACACCAACUCCAUGCACAACCACUUCGGCAAUGCUUACAAUGUUUCCAUAAUCCUGGACGAACGUGGAUGGCUUGACGAGGCCAAAUACCAAGCAUAUUCACCGGUCUACCUUGCUGCGAGCAGUCUUACGAUGUAUUUCUUCUUCUCCGCGUAUGCUGCCACCGUGUCUUACACGUUCUUGUACCAUCGACAUGAUAUUGUCCUAGGCUUUAAGAGCUUAGUCAAGAGCUUCAAGAAAAAGGGCAGACUCAUGUCGGUGUAUCGCGAGGUUCCUGAAUGGUGGUGUAUGAUCUUGAAUAUUGUUGCCAUUGCUCUGAGCAUUGCCGCGGUUUUUGGUUGGCCAACAUAUACCACUGUCGGGGUAAUCUUUUUCGGUAUUUUACUCGCCCUCGUUUUCACUAUACCCACUAAUGUCAUCGCAGCCACAACCGGAAUGGAAGUUGAGUUCAAUGUGCUGGCUGAAUUCAUCGGAGGAGUGUGGCAGCCCGGAAACGCGCUGGCCAUGAAUUUCUUCAAGUGUUUUGGAUACAUCACGACAGCCCAUGCCCUUGACUUUGCCAAUGAUUUGAAGUUAGCGCACUAUGUCAAAGUCCCUCCACGCCAGACUUUCUGGGCGCAAGUUGUAGCUGUCUUUAUUUCUGCCCUUGUCACCGCCGGUGUCAUGAAUUUCCAAAUCAUGAACAUACCUGACCUCUGCGAAUCCAUUGGUGCAAGGAGGGUGUUUGGUUCUGGAGGACAUUACACUUCUCUAUUAUCAGCCUUUCUAAUUGGAUUCGCCCUACCCUUCAUCUUCUAUUUCAUCCAACGACGGGUUCCUAGGAUACAUUGGUUCAACAAAGUCCACCCCGUCAUGCUUCUCACAGGCGGAGUCCAUUGGUCUCCCUAUAAUAUUGCCUAUAUAUGGCCCGCCGUUCUGCCAGCUUACAUUAGCAUGAAGUAUCUACGUAGCCGAUACCUCGCCUUCUGGGCCAAGUACAACUACGUUUUGUCUGCUGCCCUGUCGACGACCAUUGCCAUCGCUGUCGACUGGUGGGGCAACGAUUCGGAAAGCGGUUGUGAGGCAAGUGCAUGCACUCGGCUCACGGUGCCAAAGGAUGAAUAUUUUGGCCCUCGCGUUGGAAAUUAUACCUGA